AAAAUGUCAGGGCUAAAUUUCUCGUUGCAAAGGCGGCCUUUGGACAAUAAGCGUCCACUGGCAGGCGCAAAAAUAGCGAUGCCAAAGAAGCCAGCUACAGUGAAUGAUAUUUUUGGAGCAGCAGGCUCAGAUGACGAGCACGAAGACGUGCAGGCUAAAAGGGCGCGGCAGGAGCCUGCCUCUGCAUCAGCCGACCAACUCGCAACUCGGCUGGACCCCGAUGUUGUUGGCGUGGCGACGAAGUUGGCGGACUUCGUUGCCAAGAAUGGGCGUCAAUUUGAGGACAUGACACGCGAAAGAAAUCAAGGAGAGACACCCUUUAAGUUCUUGCACGACAAAUCCUCACUUGGCUACCAGUUCUACCAUGCCAAGCUACUAGAGUUCGAGGCCGCGAAAGGCAGUUCCUCGUCUUCCUAUUCCCGUCUCCAGCCCCACGCAUCCCCUCAGCCGUCCUCCUCCUCGGGGCUGCCGCCCGAGGCAGCAGCCGCUGUUGCUGCAGCGGCGGCGGCAGCUGCUGCUGCCGCUGCACGCGCACGUGCUCAGGAACCUCGUUCCCGCGGCAGCCCGGCCCCACAGAUGCCGCCACCACCGCUAACCGCUGAGCAGCUAGCAGAGGAGCGUCGCCGUGCGCAGAUCGCUCUGGCCAAGGGUGAUUCAGUGGCCGCUAUGGAGGCCUUUGCAGCCCUGGCCGCGAAGCGCGACCGGGCAAGGUCCUCCAGCGCUGACCCAGAUGAACCUGACGGCGGGGGAAGCGACGACGAGGAGGCGCGGCGGAAGCGCGCAGAACCGCUCCUGAACAAAACAGCAUUCGAGCGGCGCAAGGUGUUGGCGGUGUACAAGGAUGACGGCACGCGGGGGCACCACAUGCAGGACUACAUCCCUAAAGAGGUGUUGGCGGAGUUCAUGGCCAAGGCGGGCGACAAAAUGGCAGCCGUACAGGCGGAGCAGCUUGCCAACAAAAACGCCAUAGGCGCUGAUAACAUUGGCCACAAGCUGCUACAGAAAAUGGGCUGGAAGGAGGGAGAGGGUCUGGGCGGCAGCCAAAAGGGCAUCACAGCACCCAUUCGUGCGGCGCCCGCGGCGGCACCGGCAGCGGGUGAGGCUCGCGGCCUGGGCGCGGCUGCCCACGGUGAGGCGAGCGCAGAAGACGACAUGUACGAGGCUUACCGCAAGCGCAUGAUGCUGGGUUACAAGUACCGCCCCAACCCGCUGGGUAACCCCCGCCGUGCUUACUACUGAUGGCCGGGGUGUGCAUACGUAGGAGAGUGUGUAGAUGCCGAGGGAGGCAUGGGGGGAAUGGAAAAGUGGAGUUUGCGGUUUGAAAUAAGUUUGUCCCGCAGAUGCAUUCUGGUUGACUUCAGGCAGUUUCAAAUGAGUCGCGUAACAGCUUACUAACAGCUUACUAAGUACCGUAAGGUCUCCGUCUUCAUGUUGGUGGUUUGGGAGUUGUUUCCGACUGGAGUAGUGGCGACGAGCAGUUGGUGCCUCUGUAUGUGUACAGAGUGUAUGUUCUGUUAUACAUUGAUCUGGAUCUGAUACUGGCCAUUCACCCUUGGCAGUGGGAUCGCUGAAGCGCUCUCCCCGAGUGGGAGGAGACGGGCGUGCAAGUAAAUCUGUGUGUGUCUGUUACACCUUGAGUUGUGCUACUGUCCAAAGGUGUGACAACGAGGUAUGUAGGUGGUGCUCGCUAUGUG